GAGACGGCCAUGUACCACACGGGGCUGGGCUACCAAUGCACAUUCGUGGACAAGCCGUCGCAGGCGGUGCGCACCCAUCUGCAGCAGAACCUGAAGGGCCAGGAGCGCGCUGUGGAGUCCGUGGUCGGCGCGAUCGAAGCCUGGGAGUUCUCACGGACGUCAACGAAAGAUCGCGCGCCGCUGGUGCUGGCGAUCACGGGCCCAACGGGCGUGGGCAAGACGGAAAUGUCCAAUUUGAUUGCGGAGGCGCUGUUCAAGCGCAAGAAGAAGCUGCCCAACAGCGAGAAGAGGGUGCCGUCGGGGUUGCUGAUCUUCCGUGGAGAGGAUUUUAGCGAUAACUUCACGAACCCCAUCACGGAGUACCACACGCAGAUCAAGACCAGGCAUGAACUAGCUGAGCACUUGCACCAUUGCUCUGGAAAAGCGGUCGUAGUGAUAGAUGAAGUCCAGAAGGUGAUUCCGCACACGCUUGACGUUCUAAUGGAGGCCGUAAGCGAGAGUUCUCAGUUUUCCUAUUACAAGCACGGAGUAACCAAGAACAUCGACACCGCCAACGUGAUUUUUGUGCUGGUGUCAGACAUUGGCGUAGCAGACAUGGAGCAGGUCAUGAUUCAGUACGAGACUAGGGAAGAAAUACCCACUGUGCAGCUAGAACGGGUGGUCAAGUCGGCCCUCGAUGAUCAGUGGAAACGAUUGGACUUUGGCAAAAUGAUCGAUCAGGUUAUUCCAUUCCUGCCGUUCGAGCACCAGCACAUCGUGGAGAUCAUUUCCCUAAAGCUGAGGCAGUUGGACGAAAACUAUCGCGGCAAAUACUGGCACCGUUUGUGGAUCGAGGAUAAUAUUGCCGACUACAUGUCUCGCCUGGACUCGGUACACUACAAGGUUCGCUCCGCAGUGAUCAACGGCAAGGUCACGUCCAGCAAGGUGUUUGCCAAAUACGGCGCCCGGGACGUGGAGACGGGUCCGAUCCAGCUGCUCAAGUCCAAGUUGCUGCGCUACCUCCGCCCUUUCAACCCGGACGCGGAGAUCCGGAUAUCGCAGGACCCCGACUCGAAGGAGGUCUCAAUCGUCGUCGACUGCGUCACGAAAUGGUCGGGUCGGUUCGAAUAGCUCGCGUUUUGACAUCCUUACAGCCUUAGCAAAAAGCUCUGAAUUCACUGCAACGUUACAUGU